AUGGAAACUCAAGCGUACUUUGUGGUUAUUGUCUUCUCCUUGUUCUUGCUAUUGUAUUGGCUUGCAAAAUACUACAAGCCAAAAACCACUCUUAAGAACAAACUCCCCCCUGGGCCAAGGAAGUUACCUAUCAUUGGGAACCUGCAUCAACUAGCAUUAACAGGUUCACUUCCACAUCGUGCACUUCGAGAACUUGCUCAUAAAUAUGGACCUCUCAUGCACCUUCAACUUGGUGAAAUUUCUACUGUUGUUGUAUCCUCCCCCUGGGUGGCCAAGGAGAUAACAAAAACCCAUGAUCUUGCUUUUGUGCAGAGGCCACAUAUUGAGUCUGCUCAACUUUUGUCCUAUGGGGGAAGAGGCAUCGCUUUUGCUCCAUAUGGUGAUUAUUGGAGACAAGUGAGGAAGAUAUGUGUCUCUGAGCUUCUAAGUGUCAAGAGAGUUCAAUCGAUCUCUUUUAUUAGGGAAGAUGAGACAGCCAAAUUUAUAGACUCAAUUCGAGCAUGUGCAGGUUCAUCAAUUAAUCUUACUAACAAAAUUUUCUCGUUGGUAGGUUCUUCUGUUUCCAGGUCAGCAUUUGGUCUCAAAUCAAAGGAUCAUGAUGAAUUUAUAUAUUUGAUUAAAAAAAUAAUAGAAGCUGCGGCAGGAUUUGAACUGGCUGAUGUGUUUCCUUCCAUGAAAUUUUUCAUAAAUUUCUUUACUGGGAGGAAGGCUAGAUUGGAGAAGUUGCAAGAUCAGAUUGACAAAGUCCUGGAAAACAUUAUCAAACAACAUAAAGAAAAUAAAAUAAGAGCAAAAGGAAACAAAGUUGAUGUAGACAACGAAGAUCUUGUUGAUGUUCUAUUGAGAAUCCAACAAAGUGACACUCUCGACGUCAAAAUAACUGCUAGAAGCAUCAAAGCUUUAAUAUUGGAUGUAUUUGCUGCUGGAACUGAUACUUCAGCAUCAACACUAGAGUGGGCUAUGGCAGAAAUGAUGAGAAAUCCAAGAGUGAGGGAGAAAGCACAAGCCGAGAUAAGAGAAGCAUUUGGAGAAAAGGAAAUAAUUCAUGAAGCUGAUCUUGAGCAACUUACUUACUUGAAGUUGGUGAUCAAAGAGACAUUGAGGGUACACCCACCUACUCCUUUAUUGCUCCCUAGAGAAUGCUCAGAACUAACAAUCAUUGAUGGGUAUGAAAUACCUGCAAAGACUAAAAUCAUGGUAAACGUUUGGGCAAUUGCAAGAGAUCCCCAAUAUUGGACUGAUCCUGAGAGGUUUUUCCCAGAGAGGUUCGAUGGCAGUUCUAUCGAUUUCAAAGGGAAUAACUUUGAGUAUCUCCCUUUCGGGGCUGGAAGGAGAAUGUGUCCUGGCAUGACAUUUGGUUUAGCCACCAUUAUGCUUCCAUUGGCUCUAUUGCUCUAUCACUUCAACUGGGAACUCCCUAAUGAGAUGAAACCUGAGAGUCUGGACAUGACUGAACACUUUGGAUUGGCUAUUGGAAAGGAAAAGGAAUUGUGUUUGAUUCCCUAUGUUUAUGAUCCUACAGUGCACCAUUGACAUU